CUCCGAAGUUGGGAGGCGCUCCCUGCUCUGAUAUUCCUUCACUCGCUCACUCGCUCGCUCGCUCGGGCACACAGGCACCCUGCAAAUAGCUUCGGCUGCCCUGGAGUGGGACAGGGCCCUUCAGGAUGGGAGCCCUAAACUCCCGGCCCUUCUCUGUUCCUGAGCAGGAUGAAAUCAUGGCAGAAACUGGCUUCUCCCAGGCCAACGUGGAGCGCCUUUACCAGCGUUUCCUGGUCCUGGACAAGGAGGAGAAGGGCUACCUCAGCAAAAGUGAUCUUGAAGGGAUUGGAAAGCUUGCAAUUAAUCCUAUUGGAGACCGGAUCAUCAGUGCCUUCUUCCAAGAUGGGAGAGAGACCGCCGACUUCCGAACUUUUGUGAACGUGCUGGCCCACUUCCGGCCAGCGGAAGGGCCUGGAGGCGCCGAGGAUGUAAACAGCCGGCUUAGCAAACUGAAGUUUGCUUUCCAGCUCUACGAUCAAGACAAAGACGGGAAGAUCUCGAGAGCUGAAUUGUUGGAGGUGUUAAGAAUGAUGGUUGGGAUCCAGGUGACGGACGAACAUCUUGAGAGCAUCACAGACCGGACCAUCCAAGAGGCCGAUAAGGAUGGAGACGGAGCCCUCUCCUUCGAGGAGUUUGCAAAGUCUGUGGAAAAGCUGAACAUUGAACAGAAGAUGAGUCUCCGGAUCCUGAAAUGAUUCUCUCCCCUCCCUUGGGAGAAUGGGCCGCCUGCUUCCAGGCUGAAGGCAGCAGAAGGCAGCCAGGGCAAAAGUGCAGGGGAUCCGAUCAGGUCCCAAAGAGACGCGAAGCCUCCACCGAAUCAAGACCCCUCCAUGAAGAUGGGAAGGGGCUGGUCUAGCCUUAUUUUGCCAAUGGGUGCCCCCCCCCGAAGUGCCUCCAAUGCCUCAGCCGAUCUUCAGCCAGAACUUGUUAGCUCUAUAUAGCAGCAUUUGUGUUAGAAAUGGAUUUACCUUUUGCUUAAUUUUCUGAGAAGCUGAGCACAUCCAGCCAGUUCUUUCUUUUUCUUUUUCUUUAAGGGGGGGUCAGAGAACAAGAAGGGCUUGUUCCUUUUCCACUUACGCUGCACAGAAGAAGUCUUAAUUCCGAGAUUUUCAAGGAGUAUUAUGGAUCAAAUCUUAAAAACGCCUUUCUCUGUCCCACCCCCUUCACAGGCAUGCUCGGUGGGGACCCAGGAGAGGGUCUUCUCUGCUGUUGCUCACAUCCUUUGGAACUCGCUCCCAAUGGAAGCCAGGAUGGCUCCCUCUUGGCUGUCCUUCUGCAAGCAGGCAAAGGCCUUUCUCUUCAGACAAUCUUUCCCUUAAUGACUGACUACCCAAGUGGAUUUUUUAAAAAGGGAUUGUUUAAACUUACUGCUUUGAAUGUGGUUUUGGCCUUGCUUUUGUUUAUGGUUUCUUAAGAGGCCUUUGUUUUAUUUUUUUUUA